UCUUGUCAAACAUCCGGUACAGUCGAGUGUUACUUGAUAUUUCGAGUUGUUGGCAGAGAUAUUGCAGUAUAUUAUUUAUUGACUUAAUAUCUUCGAUUUUCGACUCACGUUUAAGAAUUAACGUUAAUUUGUGGCCGAAGAAUAAGUAUUUUAGAAAAUGGCAGCAAUUGCAUUGGCCCAAGAAACAGUAUGGUUGGAUAAGCCUUCUUAUGAUAAAGCGGAAUGCCUUCAUUACGAACGUCUCGCAAAGGAAAGUGGGACAAUUGUUGUCUUAAAAAGUGUACCAUAUAAUAAAUGCCACGUCGAAAUUGUCAAGACUGGUAAAAAACAUGAUAACGACUCGAAAAAGGUGACCUUUGUCGAGAAAAGUGAUAAUCUAGACAUCGAAGACAAAGAGGCUUUAAUUAAUAACAAUGCUAAGAAACAUAAAGCUAAAGAGGCGAAGGAAAAGAAGAAUAGAGUCUUUAAAAAACAUAAGAGUAAGGAAGAAGCUAAGAAUGUUGCCGAAGUUCAAGAAGAGCAAGAAGAAGAACAGUUUCCUUAUCAGGGAAACCAACAGUCGAUUUGCCCAAUUCUUCCUGCCGGUGGAAGUUUGGCCAACGAGGUCGCCAAGGCUCGAGAAUACAUUAAACAGUCUUUACAGUGUAUGGAUGGUAUCGCUGCUCAUGCUAAAAACUCCGGGCAGGAAAUUACGUCACGCGUUGCGACCUUAGAAAAGGAAAAUCUUGAUCUUAGAAACAUUGUAGAGGAAUUGAAAAAUAUCAUCGACAAGCUGGAUGCACGAGUUAAAGCAGUAGAAGAGAAGACUUUGUCUUACGUUCUCGAGCCAGCUGUGUGUCCUGUUAAGCCGGAAGCUUCGAGUAAAACUUCAGCCGAUAAGGACGACGACGACGACGAUUUGGAUUUAUUUGGGUCUGACUCUGAGGGUGAAGAUGCCGAGGCUGCAAAAAUUAGAGAAGAACGUUUAGCCGCCUAUGCUGCGAAGAAGUCGACCAAACCAGUGUUGAUUGCAAAAUCUAAUAUAAUUUUCGAUGUUAAACCAUGGUCCGAUGAGACCGACAUGGAUGCGAUGAACAAUGAAGUUAGAAAAAUUGAAUCGGAUGGUCUUUUAUGGGGUGCCUCUAAAUUUGUACCACUGGCCUUUGGUAUCCAUAAACUUCAAAUCUCCUGUGUCGUCGAGGAUGAUAAAGUGUCAGUGGACUGGCUCACCGAAAAAAUUCAAGAGAUCGAGUCUUAUGUGCAAAGUGUAGAUAUAGCAGCGUUCAAUAAGGUCUAAGUCAAUGAAUACCUUUGAAGAACAAUAACACUAUUUUAAUCGCAAGUCAGUGUAGGCCUAUUGUGCCAUCUUCUCCAUUCCACUAGCAGUAACUAUUCAAAAACAUCAAGGAACAGUCAAGGAAUUGCUGGGUUCUAUUUCUUUUAAUUCAGUCAUUAACGUCUACACGAGAAUUUCAGUUCGUAUAAUAUCGUUGAUUCCGUUUUACAAAUAUCAAUUUAUAUAUUUUAUGUAUAAAGUAAAUGUUAAGUUAGAGAAAUUAGAUUCUGAAGUUAUUUUGGAGGUUACGAUAACCAGACCGAUUCAAGAUAACGAUUUUGGACCAGUACUUAAAACAUACAGGAUUUAUAGAUUUUCUUACAUUAUUAUGAAUAAAUUAAGUAAAUGAUUCGAUUGUGUGACUGGGCGUUAGUGAUAGAUCUACAUUGAAAGGACUGUACCUUUACGCACUAUUGUAAUAAUUAUAUGUUAUUCCAAACCGAUGGAUGUGAUUUAAUUCUCUCUAAUUGUUGUUAUUCCAAUAAUUGAUCAAAAAUAGAUUUUGAUGAAAGAA